AACUUGAUAAGGUGAGGGGCUCAAAAGUAGGCUUUUCCUCCCAAGUAAGGGAAAACCCUAGAAUCUAAAACACUCAAUAGGCCAAUACUCGUUGGAACUGCCCAUUUGGAUCUAAAUAUCCCGGACUUUUGAAAUGUGAUUUUGAGCCUUGAUAUGCAGAAAAACAGCCCAUAUCGAAUCCCCUUUUAGCUGAAAGAAUGAUCUGAACAGAAACUGAUCAGAUCUGCAGUCAAACUGGGAGUUCUCAGGAAGCUUCUUCUCGGCGUCAUCGCGUGAAUAGCACCUCCGUCACCAACCAAUAGAUCCGGCUUCAUUUGCUCCUAUUCUGCUGUUCACUCGCCGAGCGUAGGUGAUGUUGGACUGCGGCAGUGGUUCGAGAAGGUGAGUGUGGGUGAUGGCUUCCCGAUUGACUACAACCAAGGGCUUUGAUGUGGAAGGGAGUCGGAGAUGGUGAGAUCAAAAGAAAGGAACCGACGAUUGUAGAAGGAGAAGGAGAAAGAAGAUGGUUGCCGGUGGCCUUUUGGGUUGGUGUUGGAUUGGGUUUGGCUUUAAUGGGCUCAUUAUUGAGAUUUGGGUUGGGUUUGUAAAUUUGUCUUGAUGAACUUCAUCCCUCCAACUUUUCAUUUCUUCAACUGAGUCCUUCUCUAAUCUUCUUUUCCAAUCCUCUUCAUAAAAUCCCAUUUUUGCU